AUGAAGUCUUUUCUCAUCCUCACCCUCGUGGCGCUCUCCAUGAGCACACCGACCCCUCUCAACAUAGAUCAAGAUGUGGCGGUCUCCUCGGCAGUCUCUACUUCCUCUGAUCCAAGCCAGGAUCCUGGGGACAGCCAGGACUCGAAGAGAAACGUCGCGCGUCAGGCAGGCUACUGGUCUUGCAGUGUGCCCUCCGGCUCGGUUUAUACCGCAGCACGAAACGUCCUUAACUCUUGUGGUGCCGGCUCCCAGAAGCAAUACCUUGUGGUCCCUCCCAGUGACAACCUUUUGGCUUGUUCAACAGCACCAGUUCUGCGGUCUUUGCAGGUGAAGAGCAAAUGA